AUGACGCGUAGCCUCAGCUUCUCUCUACCCGUAACCGUCGUCGUUUUAGCCAUCGCCUACAUUUACUUCUCCACAGUCUUCAUAUUCAUAGACCGUUGGUUCGGUCUCAUGUCGUCGCCGGGCUUAUUGAACGCCACCGUUUUCACCGGCGUGGCCCUCAUGUGCGUCUUCAACUACACCAUCUCCGUCUUCAGGGAUCCGGGUCGGGUCCCCUCCACGUACAUGCCCGACGUCGAAGAUUCGGGUAACCCUAUCCACGAGAUCAAGCGCAAGGGAGGGGAUUUAAGAUAUUGCCAAAAGUGUUCUCAUUAUAAGCCAGCUCGAGCACAUCAUUGUCGUGUGUGCAAAAGAUGUGUUUUGCGAAUGGACCAUCAUUGCAUAUGGAUUAAUAAUUGCGUCGGCCAUGCAAACUAUAAGGUCUUCUUCAUCUUCGUUGUGUAUGCGGUAAUGGCAUGCGUCUAUUCCCUGGUCUUACUCAUUGGUAGCCUAACUUAUGAUCCUGAAAAAGAUGAGGAACAAACUGGAGACUCUUUUAGAACUGCAUAUGUCAUUUCUGGGCUGUUGCUAGUUCCAUUGUGUGUGGCACUGAGUGUUCUUUUAGGUUGGCAUAUCUACCUCAUUUUGCAAAACAAGACCACAAUUGAGUACCAUGAAGGAGUGAGAGCUAUGUGGCUUGCAGAGAAAGGAGGGCAAAUCUAUUCCCAUCCAUACGAUCUUGGUGCCUAUGAAAAUUUGACAGUGGUACUUGGUCCAAAUCCCUGCAGUUGGGCACUCCCUGCAUCGGGACAUAUUGGAUCUGGACUCCGCUUCCGUACAGCCUAUGAUUAUGCUUCUGCUGCAUCAAUGUCAGAAUGA